ACAUAACGGCGUGGGGCGGCAUGGGCUCGGGCCGUCGCCUCCGCCUGGCCGCUCUCCCGCCCAGACUGUCACGGGCCACACGGGGUCCGCAGCGGCGGCAGCAGCAGCAGCAGCGUCCCGGGGACGGCCCGGGGCCGCGUCCCCCGGCUGCUGUCAGGAGCUGGCGGCGGAAAUGAGGCGCUGGCCGUUUUCCGAGCCGGGGUUUCCUGCCUGAGCGCCGAGAGGCCGUGCGACGCCAUGGGCCGGCCGGGCCCCGACCCGCAGCUUGCGCGCUCGGCCGCCCCGCCUCGCUCUCCACCAUGAACGAGCCCACCGUGCAGCCGUCUCGCACGUCCUCGGCACCCGCCUCGCCAGCAUCCCCGCGCGGCUGGAGCGACUUCUGCGAGCAGCACGCAGCGGCGGCGGCACGGGAGCUGGCCCGCCAGUACUGGUUGUUUGCGCGCGCGCACCCGCAGCCGCCGCGCGCGGACCUGGUGUCGCUGCAGUUCGCCGAGCUCUUCCAGCGCCACUUCUGCCGGGAGGUGCGCGAGAGCCUUGCAGGACCGCCGGGUCACGACUACCGCGCCACUGCUCCGCCCCGCCCCGCGCUGCCCAAGGCACGCAGCUCCGAGGACCUGGGCCCGCGGCCCGCCUGGGCCCUGCAGCACCUGCGCCGCGGCCUGCGCCAUCUCUUCCGCCGCCGCUCGGCGGGGGAGCUGCCCAGGGCUACCAGCGACACCAAUGACAUCGACGCCACCGCUGCCAGCAGGCCCGGCCCGGCCCGCAAGUUGCUACCCUGGAGCCUGCGAGAGCCGCCCGCCGAGGCGCUCAAGGAGGUGGUACUGCGCUACAGCCUGGCGGACGAGGCAGCAAUGGACAGCGGCGCGCGCUGGCAGCGGGGUCGCCUAGUGCUUCGGUCUCCAGGUCCUGGCCACUGCCACCUUCUGCAGCUCUUUGAUCCACCCAAGAGCUCAAAGCCCAAGCUCCAAGAGGCCUGUUCCAGCAUCCGGGAGGUCCGACCAUGUACACGUCUGGAGAUGCCUGACAACCUCUACACCUUUGUGUUGAAGGUGCAGGACCAGACAGACAUCAUCUUUGAGGUGGGAGAUGAACAGCAGCUGAACUCCUGGCUGGCAGAGCUCAGGGCAAGCACAGGCCUUAGGCUGGAGCACCCGGAUACUGAGUUACCUCCUUCCUUAGUGACAGAACCCAGCACAGCUAUAUCCCCAAGGGGAAGCACUGACUCCCUGGACCAAGGUGCUUCACCUGGGGUGUUGCUGGACCCAGCCUGCCAGAAAACAGAUCACUUCCUAUCCUGCUACCCCUGGUUCCAUGGCCCUAUCUCCAGGGUGAGGGCUGCACAGCUGGUCCAGCUGCAGGGCCCUGAUGCCCACGGCGUGUUCCUGGUGCGGCAGAGCGAGUCCCGGAGAGGGGAGUAUGUACUCACAUUCAACUUACAGGGCAGAGCCAAGCACCUACGCCUGGUGCUCACAGAGCGCGGGCAGUGCCGGGUGCAGCACCUGCACUUUCCCUCGGUGGUAGACAUGCUCCGCCACUUCCAGCGCUCCCCCAUCCCACUGGAAUGUGGAGCAGCCUGUGACGUCCGCCUCUCUGGUUACGUGGUAGUCGUCUCUCAGGCACCAGGUUCCUCCAACACCGUCCUCUUCCCCUUUUCCCUUCCUCACUGGGACUCAGAGCUGGGUCAUCCCCACCUCAGCUCUGCUGCCUGUCCCCCUGGCCAUGGUGCAGAGGCUCUCCCUGGCCAAGUGACACCCCCCGAGCAGAUCUUCCACCUGGUGCCUUCUCCUGAGGAACUGGCCAACAGUCUGCAGCAGCUGGAGCUCGGGUCUGUGAGCAGUGCCCGGGACUCGGACUAUGAAAUGGACUCCUCUUCACGGGGCCACCUUCGGGCCAUUGACAACCAGUACACCCCUCUCUCACAGCUGUGCAGAGAUGCAGACUUGUGAAUGGAACCAUUUUCCUCCCUUCCAGAGAACUACAGGCUGCUGUCAGCCUUCCCCAGCUCAGACGAGCCCCGCUUCCAACACACCCGAGGCUGUCACAGGCUUCCUGUCAGCCACAGCUUGGCCCCGGCUUUCUCCCACUGUUUACAGAUGUAGUUCUUGUGCACAGGUGCCACUAGCUGGUACCCUAGGCCCAGUCCCCAACCCAGAGGAGGUGGGGCUGCAGGCCCAGAGCUGGCAGUGGAAACUGACAAGAGCUGAUGACAGACUUCUUACCAGGUAGGGGCAUCGGGAAGCACAAAACACUAACAGUCCCUGGAUUCUCACAUGGUGUCCUUCCCUGUAGCUUCAGUUCUGUGGCAAGUCCUCUUGGGUUCCAUGCCACAGGCGAUGGACGCUUCAUGCUCCUGCUCCUACGCUUAGCUUUACGACAGAAGCUCUGCCAGAGAGACAAGCUUAAAGAUCAAAAGUGACUUAAACAGUUUACCUCAGAGUACCUUUUUUUUUUUUUAAAAAAAGGAUUCAGGUAGGGCCCCCCCCCCUGCCACUCUGAAGUCAGGGGCAGCGAAGCACCCGUGCUUGGCUUACCCUGAGCCAAGCUAGCAUGCUAGUGUCCUUGUUUGCUCCCUCAGGACAGUUGCCUGCUGUGGGGUAGCCACUGUCCUCCCUAAUGUAGAGAACGAAGUGUGUCACCCUUUCAGGGAGAUCCAGGCAGCUUGCAGAGAGAGGACGACAUUCUACCCCAGUGCCUUAUGCAUGAAUAACAGGACUCGGGGUUACAGCAGCUUCACAGAGGCUGGGAGGGACAGGUGGGGGAAGGGCUCCCAGGCUUGUUUAGUGAGCCCAUGUUUAUACUCUCUACCCCACCUCCAGCAUCUAGUGGCUUUUUGGGGUUGGCUCCUCUGUGAUCCAAAAAGGGAGCAGCUGGCAGCGUGUUGUGUAGAAGCUCUGUCCCAGGUGGCAGCAGGGUCCCCAUCCAUACAAUCUCUCCAUCCAGAUAGUGCCAAUACUGUGAUUGUUCCUAAGGGACAGGGUCACAGGGACUCGAGUAGGUAGUGCUUGCAGAAGCAGCAGUGUCUUUAAAGAAUCACAACUCAUCUCCUCGACAUUGUUCAGAGGCAAACAUUCCGCUGCCCUGCUGAAGCCAGCAGUACUGACCUCCUCUGGUUACUCUGUACUCUGCAGGGGUGUGGGCUUUGGGGAGGGAAGCAGCUGCACCUCCUCUCGAACAUUCCCCAUUGUAUCCACGGACCAAGGUGGGUCCAACACAGGUGCAGAUUCGUGUUCCAUCUUUAAGAUAACUAGCUUUCCUUCAUUGUACAUAAGGUAUGAACCAAAGAUAUAAGCAAUAUCCAACCAGUGGUCCAGAUCCGUCUCAUCUACAUAGGAUGGGUGCACAGCUGUAUCCCUGCACCUGGCCAGAAGCUAAACUAACUUCAAACUCGGGGCACUCAUUUCCCCUGGGCCUUUAGAACUAGAAAGACCAGCACCUCCACCCCAUAGUGCUGGCAUUCCCCACACUGUGGACAGCUUCCUUUCAAGAAAUGUCCAAGAUGACAGAAAAACAUAAGGCAAAAAGGUAAUCUCGUGACUCUGGGACAGAGUGACAACACUAAGCCAACACCCUUUCUUUCUGCUGGAGUAGGUCCAGUUGGCUGAAGGGGGCAGGCAGGUUUUUGAGGUUCCAGGCCGGAUGCCCUCCCAGUGUGUCGGCACCAGGCACCAUUCCUACCCCAGCAGUCGUUACUGGCCACCACUGGCUCGACAGUCCCUGUACCCUUGCUUCCUUCUCCUUAGUACUCAACUACAAACUAAAAGUCACCAGCACCAAAGAGUUGGGUCAACUAACCUGCCUUCACUUUACCAGCAAUCCAUAUGGCUUUAUCUGUAUAAAUCUUCUGCCUCUGAUCAUUUCUGGAUGGUGUAGGAGAAAGGAACAGCGGUCAUUACAAACUUGGGCCACACAACACUAUCUUUACCUAAAUUUCUUAACCCCGUCCCCGGGGGGCUCGGUCUCCUGCAAACACCAAGUGAUAAACUGUCACCCACUGCCUCCUAAUGAAGACACAUCUAAUGGCCAGUGUGUGGCCGGAAUAAGCAGCAUUGCGACCACAGAAACAGGGAAUCUCAUCUUCUAUCAUUAUAGCAGAAGGUAUUUGGCAAAUCUUUGUUUUAUGUACUGUAUGAGUAACUUAUUCUUGAAUAAUGCAAAUUUUGCUACAAUGUACAAAUUGCUAUGUGAAUUAAAAAGGUUUCAGAAUUACAACCCUGGUCUCUGCACCCAUCCACCCCUCCCUCACCGGCCGCCUCCCCUCACCCCUGGCUGCACUAAGGAGGGAUGAGGCCCUGUGCUAGACAAGUGCUUGGCCACUGUGGCCACGCCCUGAGCCUGGUCAGGCUCCUUGGUUUCCUUUCUAAAGUAGUAUCUUCUGCCCCCUACUGGUCACACAGAACAACCGGGAUAGCGGAUCAACAAG